AUGUUGCUUUGUUCCUACGCGCUCAAGCUCACUCGCUCUCAUCGCUUGCUCUCUGCCUCUGUCUCUGUUGCACUGCCGGAUGACGAGCCUGUGAAAGACGGCACAGAUGGCACAGAGGAUGGAGUGGAGGAGGUCGACAUCCCUCCAGAAGUGCUGGAGCUUUUUGACACCCUCCGGGGCGAAGCAAUACGACGUUUGGAUGAUUUUCAGCCCAUUCAUUUGUUUUCUCUGUGCUGGGCGUAUUCCACAGCACGCCUGCUGGAUGAUGAAAUGCGCUGCCAGGUGACUCGGGCAGCCCUGCACUUGGGAAGAAGUCGCGACAGGGAAAAUGGCCAAGAGGCCGACCAAUCCAACAAUGCCGUGGAGCUGGCUGAGCGCAGCUCCAUGAACACGGGUUUGGAGGAGAGCCCCUUCGUCCUCCAGGAAGGUGAGCACUGGAUGGCUCUCUUCAAGCCAGCACAUUGGCAGGUGUCUGUGGAUGCCAAAGAAGCAACCAAAGCCGCAUCUGCUACUCCGUUCGAUGAGGAAGACGAAGGUGAUGACGAACCAGUUGAAAGACCGCGAGUCCAGGCAUGGGUUCAGAAGAGCAUGUCGCAGAGGUACCCGAUCUGCACCGAUCCAGCCGAGGCCUACGGCUUGUUGCAUAGAUUAGAUGCGCAAACCAGCGGCGUGUUGGUUUGCGCCAAGAGCUAUGUCGGUGCAUACUGGCUGCGUCUGCAGUGGUGCCAGUACUCCGUUGACAAAGAGUAUGUUUGCGUUGUCCAUGGAUGGGUCGACAGUGCCAUGCGAGAGAUCCACAAGCGCAUUCGCCGCUCAACCUAG